AAAGAUGGCAGCAACGGCUCAUGCAUCUCUAGUGUCGCUGUUGAAUACUAUGGAUCAGAUCCAGACUCAUCCCCGCCUUUCCAUCUAUUUCGACAACUAUCAGUUUCAAUCUCUUCGGGAGGUGGUGUAUUUCCUUGUUGAUUUUGUGGAGAAUUUUUCUGAAGUAGAAGAUAUGAUGAGGCGAAUUGGGGAUGCAGCUCAUGAGGCUGAAGACAUAAUUGAAGUCGAAGCUGCUGAUCGAAUUCGUGGUGAGUCUACUACAAAAAGUCUAACAAUGUUGCUCCAUCUGCAGAGAAUAAUACAAAACAUUAGCUCUAUCAAGGAUGAGGUUAUCAAGUUUAAAGAGGAAACUGGAUUCAUAAAUUCGAUGCCUCCUUCAUCAUCAUUGUCAUCGUCAUCAUCAGCUCCUCGUGUCACUAAGAAGACUAACAUGCUGGGAUUUGAUCGCUAUGUGGCGCAGCUUUUGGAUGAGCUCACCGGAUAUGAUUGUUGUCGGCGAAUACUCCCAAUCGUUGGAAUGGGAGGCAUUGGUAAGACCACUCUUGCGAGAAAUGUUUAUGAACAUUCAAUUAUGGUGCAUCAUUUUGAUGUUCGUGCUUGGGUUGUCGUGUCUCAAGAAUAUAAUACAAGUGAUAUGCUUUCACAAGCACUUUCUUGCCUAGGUCGAUCGCCCAAGAAUAAACCUGAUGAUCAACUAGGUGAAGAGUUGUAUAAAACAUUAUCAGGCAGACGGUAUCUGGUAAUAUUGGAUGAUGUGUGGAGUGUUGAGGCGUGGGAAAAGAUACAGUUCUUCUUCCCCCAAAAUGAUAAUGGAAGCAGAAUUGUUGUAACGACCAGGCAACAAGAACUGGUUAAUUACUUUGGCUGCUCUUCAGUUGCGGUGGGUUUUCUUGAUGAUGAAAAUAGUUGGAAGCUUUUAUGUGACGUGGCAUUUGCAGGACAAGGUUGCCCUCCUCGGCUAGAAAAAAUCAUGGAGGAGAUUGUCACGAAAUGCAAAGGACUUCCACUUGCAAUCAGGGUGAUUGGAGGGCUUCUUGGAAAGUCACCGAGGACGCAAGAGUAUUGGGAAAAAAUCGCAAAAGACAAGAGCUUGGUUAUGGAAUAUUCAGGUGAUGGCAGCAAACCCUCCAGCAUAUUAUACACGAGUUACAAGCAUUUGCCUGUUUGGUUAAGAUCAUGUUUUCUUUACUUGGGACUAUUUCCCGAAGACCAUGAAAUAGAUGUGCCUAAUCUUAUCAAAUUAUGGGUUGCGGAGGGAUUCAUAAAACCAAUUAAAAGCCUAAGUUUGGAACAGAUUGCUGAGGCUUACAUAAAGGAGCUUAUUGAUAGGAAUCUUCUAAUAGUUACUGAAUUGGAAAUAAACAAGAAAGUUUCAUAUUGUUGCCUUCAUGAUCUAAUAAGAGAGCUAUGCAUAUGGAUAGCAGAGAAAGAAAACUUCUAUUAUGACCAAAGGGACAUAGCUGGGUGGCGUCACUUCAUAUCUGAUGAAAGAACGAGAGGUUUUUACUGUCGAGAAUCUUGGACUAGUUUAGAAAAGCCAUCAGUUAUGAGACCUCUAAUAUUGAGUAGGGAGGAAGGAGAAGCACCACUUAAAUCUAGAUUGUUGAGAGUGUUGGUUGCUGAUCAUGAGAGUCGCCUAGACCCUUCUUUUCAGCAAGUUAACGUGCGCUACAUAUCCCUAAAAUCUUAUACAUUUGGUAUACCUAUUCCUUGGUCAAUAUCACUAUGUUGGAGUUUGCAAAGUUUGAUUCUGGAACAAUGGACGCGAGUAGUUGUACCAUCCGAUAUUUGGAAGAUGCCACAACUUAGGCAUAUCGAGAUCAGCUUAAUGGUAGUAGAGAAUCCUACCCCCGGUGACGUCUUUGUUUUGCACAACUUACAAACACUCAAGUUGGUAAAGGAUCUCAUUUUCACAGAGGAGGUGUGUGCGAGAAUACCAAACAUUAGGGAAUUGGGAAUUGUAUAUGGCUUCGAUAAACAAGCUGGGGUAAGAAGGGACAAGUUCCAUCUGCAAAAUUUUGGCCGCUUAAACAAGCUUGAAUCACUACAAUACUCUUUCCUUGGAGGGGGAUACGUAAGCGAUCGCUUUGAGAAGCUUAAAUUGCCCAACUCACUCACGAAGCUCAUUUUAAACAAUUGUUAUAUGGUGUGGAGUGAUAUGGCAAUUAUUGCAUUGUUGCCUCAUCUUCAACUUCUUCGAUUGGAACAACGUGCAGUUGUAGGGGCAGAGUGGAAUUUUGUUAAUGAGGAAUUUCGUAGCUUGAAACAUCUUAUCAUUUUUAACUGUGAUGAUAUGUUUCAUUGGAUUGCGGAAAAGUCCAAUUUUCCAGUGCUGGAGACGCUCGAUCUUUGGAAUUUAGAUAAACUGGAUAAGGUUCCUUGGGAUAUUGGAGAAAUACCCACACUCGAAAGAAUAUGUGUUCGUUACUGUACGAAAUCAGCGAGCAUGUCAGCAAUGGAGAUACUAGAGGAACAAGAGAAUCUUGGAAAUCAAGUCCUUCAUCUUGGAAUUGAAUUCAAAGGAGAUCCGAUGUGGAUGGAAAAGGUCAAACAACGCUUCACAUCCCAAAAUCUUCACAUUUCAUCGAAGGGUUUUUAUCAUUCAUUGAGUUACAAUUUGCUCACGCACUCAAGAUGACUCAGUUCUUCGAUCUCUUAGUUGGAGGGAAACGUCUUACGACUAAGUUGCGUCUUUGUAGAGAUCCCCAAGUUGAGUGAAUUGAUGAGUCGAGGUGUUGAGAAUGGAGUCGAAGAUUUGAGGAUGAUGGACGGGCAAGAAUCUAUGUGUGUAGAGCCCGACCUAUACUGCACAAAGCCUGUUUCUGGGAUAAUUCAUAGCCAUUCGUUGCUGCUCUUGCUACUGGAAAAGGAAACCAGAAAAGAAAAGAUAGGUUCACAAAAACCUUAGACCACAUACUGAACCAGAGUCAAGGCAAUUUGUUCUUGAAAAGAAGAUAUUUGGAGUUUAGAGAUGGCGGCGACGGCUCAUGCAUCUCUAGUGUCACUGUUGAAUACUAUGGAUCAGAUCAAGUCUCAUCCUCGCCUUAUGACUUAUUUCGACAACUACCAGUUUCAAUCUCUUCGGGAAUUGGUUGAUUUCCUUGUAGAUUUUGUGGAAAAUUUUCCAGAAGCAGAAGAUUUGAUGAGGAGAAUCGAGGAUGCAGCUCAUGAAGCUGAAUACACGAUUGAAGUUGAAGCUGCUGAUCGAAUUCGUGGUGAAUCUACAACAAAAAGCCUAACGAUGUUGCUCCAUCUGCAGAGAAUAAUACAAGACAUUACCUCCAUCAAGGAUGAGGCUAUCAAGUUUAAAGAUGAAACUGGAUUCAUAAAUUUCAUGCCUCAUCCAUCAUCGUUGUCGACGUCGUCGUCAUCACAGCUCCUCGUGUCACUAAGAAGACUACCAUACUGGGAUUUGAUCGCUAUGUAGUGCAGCUUUUGGAUGAGCUCAUCGGAGAUGAUUGUUGGCGAAUAUUCCCAAUUGUUGGAAUGGGAGGCAUUGGUAAGACCACUCUUGCCAGAGAUCUCUAUGUACAUUCAAUUGUGGGGCAUCAUUUUGAUGUUCGUGGUUGGGUUAAUGUGUCUCAAGAAUAUAAUGUAAGUGAUAUGCUUUCACAGGCACUUUCUUGCCUAGGGGGAUUGUUUGACAAUAAAACCGAUGAUCAGCUAGGUGAAGAGUUGCAUAAAAGUUUAUUUGGUCAGAGGUAUUUGAUCAUAUUGGAUGAUGUGUGGAGUGUUGAGGCCUGGGAAAAGAUACAGUUUUUCUUCCCCCGAAAUGAUAAUGGAAGCCGAAUUGUUGUAACGACCAGGCAACAAGAACUGGUUGAUUACUUUGGCUCAUCUUCGCUUGUUGUGGAGUUUCUUGGCUAUGUAAAUAGUUGGAAGCUUUUCUGUGACGUGACAUUUGCACAGCCAGAUUGCCCUCCAGAACUAGAAAAAAUGGCGAAGGAGAUUGUCAGGAAAUGCAGAGGACUUCCACUAGCAAUCUGUGUGAUUUGGGGACUUCUUGGAAAGUCACCCAUGAUGCAAGAGUAUUGGGAGAAAAUUGCGAAAGAUAAGAGCUUGGUUAUGGAAUAUUCAGGUGAGGGCAACAAACCCUCUAAGCAUAUUAUACAUGAGUUACACGCAUUUGCCCGUUCGGUUAAGAUCAUGUUUUCUUUACUUGCGAUUAUUUCCAGAAGACCAUUCAAUAAAUGUGUCCAAUCUUAUCAGAUUAUGGGUUGCAGAGGGAUUCAUAAAACCAACUAGAAACCAAAGUUUGGAACAAGUUGCAGAGGGUUAUAUAAAGGACCUUAUUGAUAGAAAUCUCCUUUUAGUUGGUGAUUUGGAAAAGAACAAGAAAAUUGCAAGAUGUUUCCUUCAUGAUCUUGUAAGAGAGUUGUGCAUAAGGACAGCAGAGAAAGAAAACUUUUAUUGGUUCCAACGAGACAUAGUUGGAAGGCGUCAGCACUUCAUAUAUGAGGAAAGAACGAGAGGUUUUUAUCGUCAAAGAGAAGCGCCACUCAAGUCUAGAUUGUCACGAGUGUUGGUUGAUGAUCACGAUAGUUGCGUACUCCCUUCUUUUCAGCAAGGUAACAUGCGCUACAUAUCCCUGAAAUAUUUUACAUGUGGUAUGCCAAUUUCUUUAUCAAUUCCUCGGUCGAUAUCAUUGUGUUGGAGUCUGCAAACUUUGAUCGUAGAAAAGUGGCUGACAGAAAUUGAAUCAUCCGAGAUUUGGAAGAUGUGGCAACUUAGGCAUAUUGAGAUUCCCUUAAUGAAUCUUAGUCAUCCUCCUUGUGGUGACAUCUUUGUAUUACACAACUUACAAACACUCAAGAGGGUAAAGAAUUUCAUUUUCACAGAAGAGGUGUGUGCAAGAAUACCCAAUAUUCGGGAAAUGGGAAUUGUAUACAGCUUCAAUGAACAAGUUGGGUUAAGUUGGGGCAAGUUUCAUCUGGAGAAUGUUGGCCGCUUAAACAAGCUUGAAUCUCUACGGUUCCAUUUGUUGGGAAAGGUAUAUGUAGGUGAUCCUUUUGAUAACCUUAAACUGCCGAAUUCACUCACUGAGCUUGUUUUAGGCAAUUGCAAGAUUGCAUCGAGUAAUAUGGCAAUUCUUUCGUUGUUGCCUCAUCUUCAACUUCUUCAAUUGGAAGACCUCGCAUUUGGAACAGAAUGGAAUCUUGUUAAGGAGGAAUUUCGUAGCUUGAAACAUCUUGUGUUUUUGAAUUGUUUUGAGCUGACUAACUGGAUUGCAGACAAGUCCAGUUUUCCGGUGCUUGAGACGCUUUGGCUUUGGGCUGUGCAUAAAUUGGAUGAAAUUCCUUGCAGUAUUGGAGAGAUACCCACACUUGAGGAAAUACGGGUUGUGUUCUGCUCGGAAUCAGCAAUAAAGAUGUUAAAAGAGCAAGAGAAUCUCGGAAAUCAAGCCCUUCAACUUCAAAUUUUAUUCGAACAUGGAACAUGGAGGGAAAAGAUCAAAGAACGCUUCGCGUCCCAAAACAUUCACAUUUUCUGAUACGCAGCUGAAAAGGCCGGAUUCAGAGUUUGCUGCUGGGUUUUUAUUCUUUGACAAAUCACAAUUUUGAUAUCAAACCUAUUAGUUGAAGGAUAAGCGUUUGAACGAACUAAGUUGUUCUUCACAGUUUAUGUCAUUCUUAUUGAUAUCCAAUGCCCGAGACUCUUUUUCAUAUUAAUCACUCUACCACUAAAUCAAUUCAUAAACCUAGCUGAACUUUUUCUUCCCUUGUAAUUGUGGACAUAGAAUGAAGUGGACUUAUAUUCCAAGUGUUUGUUAAGUUUA